AUUUCUCCCCGUCACAUGACGCUCGCUUCGGGGAAGCGUCUUUCCCCACACGAGGAAGCGCCGCACGCCACCGCAUUGCGUUGCACUUGCGCUUUUCACUUCUCCUGCGAAAGCCCCCGCGACGCGCGGCAGGCGGGAGCUGCCGGCAGUGCACGGCCGGUGCCCGGGGGACGCACGGAGGGGCGCCGCCCGGCUGUGUGCCGCGGCCCCUUUAAGGCGGCGCCUCGGAGUCACCCGCGCUGCCGGGGAGCGGAGUCACGUGGGGCGCAGUCUUGUGACGGGCCGCCCGCCCUCCCUCCCGCGGCGGGGCGCAGGGCAGGGGCCGCCCGCCGCCAGGGGCCGCUCCGCCUUCCCCCGCCCGCCGCGCCGCCGCCUCGGGGGAACUCGCGCCGCCGCCGCCGCCGAGCUCCGGCGCCCCCGGGCGGGGCGGAGGGCGGCGCCCGGCAAGUUGGGCGCCGAGGCGAGGGCGCCGCUUCCUCCUCGCGGUCGCCGCUCCGCUCCGCGCCCAGCAUGGACAGCAAGCCGCUGCUGCAGGAGCGGCCGCCCGCCUACAGCCCCGCCGCGCCGGGCGCGGGCUACGACUACGGGCAGAGCAACUACGGCGCCAUCCCCGCCCCGCAGCCCGGCUUCCAGCCGCCCCCGCCGUACCCCUACCCGGGCGCCGCGGCUGCCGCAGGAUAUGCUGUUCCUCCACCGACGUCGCAGCCGAGCUACUCGAGCACAUACACCAUCAUUCAGCAGCCUGCUGCCACCACUUCUGUAGUAGUAGUUGGAGGCUGUCCUGCCUGCAGGGUUGGCGUGUUGGAGGACACCUUCACCUGCCUCGGUGUUCUGUGUGCCAUUGUGUUCUUUCCAAUUGGGAUUCUGUUCUGUCUUGCACUGAGGCAGCGAAGAUGCCCUAAUUGCGGGGCGGCUUUUGGCUAAGUGGGAUGACCGUGGAUGUGCUAUGGAAGCUACAACUGUUAGCGUACUCUUUCUAAUGUAAAUGUCAUGUACAAUCAUUUUAUUUGCUUCAGACCUGUUUUGUAAAGUGUGAAGAAACUUAGUCUCUUGCAUGUAAUUUAAACUUAAUCUUUUAUGAGCAUGUGCAUUGCAAAACAUGAAAACCGAACUUGUUUUCCAUGUUUAGUGGCACCUCUUGAAAACUAAAUAAAACUGCUUUUCCUUUUGCAAUCCUCAA